UGUUAUGCUAUAUUACUCAAUGAUACUUACAUACUAUCUGCAAGUGUCAUUUUGCAAAGGAUCAGCUAAAAUUGUAUACAGGGACGGACUGACAACUAAUGGGGCCCUCGGGCAAUAGGGGAUCAUGGGGCCCCUGUGUCCUUGCACAAACUUAAAAAGGCCUAUGUAAAAGGUACCAGGGGCAUCUCAUGGGGCCCCCUACUGACCCCGGGCCCUCGGGCAGUGCCCAAGUUUCCAAAUGGUCAGUCCGCCCCUGACUGUAUAAUAA